AUGAAGAACAUAAUACUGCAACUGGUGCCCGUUAUCGGCAGUAUCGGGUUUACCCUCGGAGAAUUGUACAAACCAAAAAACUCUAUACCCUGCUCUACAAACAAGCAUUGUCCCGCUGAGUGGCCAUGCUGUUCACCGUAUAAUGAAUGUGGAGCAGGUCCAAUGUGUGUUGGCGGCUGUGAUGUGAGGUCUUCUUUUAAUGAGGAGAGCUGCACACCUAUACCUGCUUUGGUGCCCAAUUUGGAGGUCAAGUUUGUCAGCACACCAAAGGUUCCCAAAUUCAUUGCGAACUAUCAACCAAGGCCACCGAUCAAGGAGGACAAUGUACCAAAAAAGGCGAAUACCAAAGUAGGUAUCAUAGAGGGGGAACUCAAUUCUAAGAGAAUCAUACAUUAUGCCAAAUUCUUAAUCACUCCCGAUGUAAAAGAAGCUGAAAAAAUGCUGGAUGAUUUUGAUUUUACACAUAGUGGUUAUACCUCAAUUGAGCCAAGUACGGGGAACAUUUUAUUGGCCAUGCCCAAGAAAACUACCGGAAGUUUAGUCACAACAACAAGAUCGUUCUUGUACGGAAAAGCAAGCUUACGAAUGAAAACAGCACGUUCAAGGGGGGUCGUCACUGCGUUUGUCCUCAUAUCUGCCAUCGGGGAUGAAAUUGAUUUUGAAUGCCUGGGCGGUGAUCUAACCAUGGUGCAAUCAAACUAUUACUCCCAGGGACAAUUAGACUAUACUAAAAUGCAAAGGUUCCCUGUUGGAGGCGACACUUGGGCGACUUACCACACGUAUGAGAUUGAUUGGGAUCCGGAUAGAAUUGUAUGGUAUGUGGACGGCAAACCCGCGCGCACCGUUGUAAAGAAGGACACAUGGGACCCAGUUAAGAAGGUAUACAGGUACCCACAAACUCCGAUGAGACUGGAAGCAGCCGUUUGGCCAGGCGGCUCUGAACACAAUGGGCCUGGAACGAUAAAUUGGGCUGGAGGCCUUAUAGACUGGGAGAAUUCGCCUGAUAUCAUAGAAAGAGGCCAGUUUACGGCGCAGGUCGAUCAAAUCACCGUAAAACCAUACCGGAAUAAAUUUACAGAACAAGUGCAGCAUUGCUUGAAAGCGAAGAAAAAUGCAACCGCCAUCCUCGACAAAGAUCUAUCGAAAGUGGUCGUAUCGUACAAGAAGCAAAACAAAACCGCACAAUACGACGAUUCGUCCCUCGAAUGGGAUUGUUUUAUCACUCCGAGGGUAAAUGACUGGCUGAGUUCUGGAAAAAUGCGCGACAGUAAUAAUAGUCGCAGUAAUAAUGGCUUAGUAAAGCAUUUGCAUACGUACACUGACCUCUGA